AUGAGUAAUAUUAGCACUGAUAGUUCUCAAGUUGAUCCUGGAAUAUCAUAUCGAUAUAAACGACUUAUGAAUCACGGCGAUGAUUUUAUCGAUGAAAAUGACACCAGAGUGGUUUAUCCACCAAAAAAACCGGGUUCUUCAAGUGCCGACAACAAUACUGGCCAAGAAGAACCGGACCCCAAUCAAAAUGAUACUUCCUUUUUAAAAGAUGUGGAAAAAAAUGCAAAAGUCACGUUUUUUGUUUAUUUUUCGGCAAUUGUUGUCGCCAUCGGUGGAUUUUUAUUUGGAUAUGAUACAGGGGUUAUAAGUAGUGCUAUGUUACUGAUUGAACAGGAUUUCUCAAUGACUGCUUUUGAGAAGGGAAUGCUGGUUGGAGCAACAACAAUCGGUGCAUUUUUCGGAGGAUUAGUGGCAGGUUUAAUGUCUGAUACAAUAGGUCGAAGAAUCACUUCAAUAAUUGCAGCAUUUAUUUUUAUUGGUGGUGCUUGUAUAAUGGCAUUUGCACACAACUACGCUUUUCUUGUGGUUGGGCGAGUGGUUGUUGGUCUUGGUGUAGGAUUAGCUUCAAUGGUUGUGCCAAUUUAUAUUAGCGAAAUUUCACCGAGAUAUUUUCGUGGACAGCUAGUUACACUUAAUGUCUUAUUAAUAACCGGUGGACAGGUUAUUGCUUAUUUAAUUGGAAUAGCUUUUAUUGAAACCGGGGAAGGAUGGCGUUGGAUGGUUGGUGUUUCGGCUUUUCCGGCUAUUAUCCAAUUGUUUGGAAUGGCAUUUGUCCCAGAAAGUCCACGAUAUUUAGUACGCAAUGCGAAACCAGAACAAGCAAAAAAUGUAUUACGAAGGAUAUAUCCAAAUGCACCACAGACUUUUCUAGAUGAAGAAAUUGCUGCAAUCCAAGACACUCUUGUUGAAGUAACAACUAGCUCUUAUGCUGAGCUCUUUCGAUAUCCAAAUACGCGUCCGAUGAUUAUCGCGUGUGGAUUACAGGCUAUUCAACAGCUCUCUGGCUUUGAUACGGCAAUGUAUUAUGCGGGUACUAUUAUGAAAAUGGCGGGAUUCACAACAAUUAAAAGUGCCACCAUUUUUGCGGUUUUAGUUGCUUUAACGAAUUUUCUUAUGACCGCCAUAGCACUCUACAUAAUUGACAAAGUCGGAAGACGUCGAAUUCUUCUUUACACCAUGAUCGGAAUGAUAGCUGGACUAUUAAUCUUGGGAAUUUCAUUUAUUUACAUUACGGGGUUCGUGAGUCGACAAGAUGAAUGUAUUGAUUACGGAAGUCGAUGUGGCCCAUGCUUGAAUGAUCAUCGAUGCAUGUUCAAAUUACCAGAGAAAGUUUGUGUUGCUAGACCGCCUACACAUCAUCUUGCCACAUCAGAGAACUAUGGGACUUGUCCCGAUGAGGGUCAAUUUGGCACUUAUUUAGCGUUGAUGAGUUUGGCUACAUAUGCCUUAGGAUUAGGUCAUUGUCCAUGGUUAAUUCAAAGUGAAUUGUUUCCAUUGAAUAUUCGUGGACGCGCAACUGGAAUUGCAACAGCCACAAAUUGGAUAUGCAACUUGGUGGUUGCCGUUUCUUUUUUGCCGUUAACCGAGUUGAUAACGACGACAGGCACUUUCUGGGUGUACGCGUUAAUCAUGACCCUCGGCUGGAUUUUUGUUUUUAAAUUCGUCCCAGAAACGGCAGGAAAGUCUCUUGAAGAAGUUCAAACGAUAUUUGAGUGA